ACGUAAAAUUCGAAAUCCAAAGAUCUUGCCGCAGCUAUCGAAUAGAAAUUAACAAUGUGUUCACGUGAUCCGGCCUCGAAUCAGUUGAUCGACUACAAGACCAACGAUUCGGAGGUGCAGAAGGACUGCACCACAGCCAGCGGUACGCCAGUGGGUGUGAAGGAUGCCAUCAUGACGGUGGGGCCGCGGGGACCAGCCCUGCUGCAGGACUUUGUCUACCUGGACGAGGUGAUGCACUUCGACACGGAGCGCAUACCGGAGCGGGUGGCCUAUGCGAAGGGCGCGGGCGCCUUUGGCUACUUCGAGUGCACCCACGACAUCACCCGGUUCUGCGCGGGCUCGCUUUUCGAGAAGGUCCGGAAGCGCACGGCCAUCGCCAUGCGGUUCUCGGUGGCCUGCGGAGAGAACGGCUCCGCGGACACCAUCCGGGAGCAGCGAGGCUUCGCCGUCAAGUUCUACACGGACGACGGCAUCUGGGACAUUGUGGGCUGCAACAUGCCCGUCUACUACGUGCGCGAUCCCUCGCUGUUCCCCAGCCUGAUCCACGCCCAGAAGCGGAAUCCGCAGACCCAUCUACGGGACGCCGACAUGUUCUGGGACUUUAUGACCCUGCGCCCCGAGACGCUGCACGCCCUGCUGAUGUACUUCAGUGAUCGGGGCACGCCCGAUGGCUACCGCCACAUGCAUGGGUACGGGGCGCACACCUAUCGCAUGGUCAAUCCGAACGGUGAGACCUUCUACGUGAAGUUCCACUUCAAGACGGAUCAGGGCAUCAAGAACAUGGACGCACGACGAUGCUCCGAGCUGAUGGCCCACGAUCCGGACUAUGCCAUCAGGGAUCUGUACAAUUCGAUCAAGAAGGGAAACUAUCCCAGCUGGACCAUGUACAUCCAGGUGAUGCUCAACGAGGAGGCCAAGAAGAGCCGCUUCAAUCCCUUCGACGUGACCAAGGUGUGGCCCCAGAAGGAGUAUCCCCUGCUGCCGGUGGGCAAGCUAGUGCUCGACCGCAAUCCGACCAACUACUUCACGGAGGUCGAGCAGCUGGCCUUCAGCCCCGCGCACAUGAUUCCGGGCAUUGAACCCUCGCCCGACAAGAUGCUGCAGGGACGGCUCUUCGCCUACGGCGACACCCAGCGCCAUCGUUUGGGCGUCAACUACAUGCAGAUUCCCGUCAACUGUCCGUACCGCGUGCACGUGAAGAACUUCCAGCGGGACGGGUCCAUGACGGUCACCGACAACCAGGACGGGGCCCCCAACUACUUCCCCAACUCGUUCUGCGGCCCCAAGGAGAGCUCCCGGGCCCUGGCCCUGCAGACCUGCUGCCCCAUCUCGGGCGAUGUCUACCGCUUCAUGAGCGGUGACACCGAGGACAACUUCAGCCAAGUGACCGACUUUUGGACCUACACCCUGGACAACUGCGGACGCAAGCGCCUCAUCCGGAACCUGUCGGAGCACCUGUGCGAGGCCAGCCAAUUCUUGCAGGAGCGCGCCGUCAAGCUCUUCACAAUGGUCCACUCGGACUUUGGUCGCCUGAUGACCGAGGCCCUGAACACGGCCAGGAUCUCAAAGUUCUAAUUCGAUUGUUUAUAAAUAAAUGUUGAUCAUAGGCUCUACUGAUGAUCGUAAAUGAG